CCGACUAAUGAAGACUCCCCAGGCAGCGAUACUUCCCGGAUAUCAUCAACGUUCACGCGCAUCAGCGCAAAAACAGUAGCUAACAACAUGGCGGACGUACUGGAUCUUCACGAAGCGGGAGGAGAGGAUUUUGCUAUGGAUGAGGAUGGUGAUGACAGCAUCCACAAGUUAAAAGAGAAGGCAAAGAGGAGAAAGGGACGAGGUUUUGGUUCAGAGGAGGGAGCGAGGUCCAGAGUGAGAGAGGACUAUGAUACAGUGGAGCAGGAUGGAGACGAGCCAGGUCCUCAGAGAUCGGUGGAGGGUUGGAUCCUUUUCGUGACUGGGGUACAUGAAGAGGCCACUGAGGAGGACAUCCACGACAAGUUUGCGGAGUUUGGAGAGAUCAAAAACCUACAUCUGAACCUGGACCGAAGAACGGGUUACCUCAAGGGUUAUGCGCUGGUGGAGUAUGAGACGUACAAAGAAGCCCAGGCAGCCAUGGAAGGGUUGAAUGGCCAGGACAUGAUGGGCCAGCCUAUCAGUGUGGACUGGGGCUUUGUCAGAGGACCACCCAAGAGCAAGAGGAGGGGUGGUGGACGUAGACGCAGCAGGAGUCCAGACAGGAGACGACGUUGAUUCCCCACCUAGCGUAGCCCCAGUUCUGAGCAAGGACUGUUGUCAUCUGCUCUUGAAAGGGUUAUUUUUUUUAAUUACAUUUGCGUUCUGUAAUAGCGUUAACUUUACUGAUGUCUCUAUGGUAAUCAACUGUUUAAUUGCAAAUGGCCCUGACAAGUGUGCUUUAGAGCCAAAAUUAUGAGUUGUUCCAACAAAAUGGUAGGGUUGCCUUUUUUUUUUUUUUACUGAAACAAAAAACACCAAAUACACUGAUCAGUGAAACUUUGUUUGCAUCAACAACAAACUGUUUUAAAGUAGUGGUAUGUUUUUUCUUAUGGAUCCAUCUAUUCUGUUUCAAGGUUUAAUUUGGUUAUGUUCUGGGCCAUGUUUCCCAAAAGCAUAUUAAGGCUAAGUUCAUUGUUAGAACCAUUGGAUCCUUGGUUUUCAUGAUGAACUUAGCCUUAAGAUGCUUUUGGGAAUCUGAGCAUUUGUGUGGCCUUUAAUGUAUUACAUGGGAAUAAAGCAUUUUUAAGUGAA